AUGGCGAACAUUUCCCGGAGUAUGAGCGAAGCCGAAGAGAUCUGCGGUGGUAUUGCCUGCGCCGCAUUCUGCGGUAUCUGCUGCGUUGCGGCCGCCGAAGAAGACAAGCGCGAGCGGGAAGCUUCGUUCGCUCAGAAGAACCAGGCGCCCGUCGGCCCCAUCACGCCCGUUGCCGUCACGACACUGCCACCAAGUACACUCGGCAAGGCGACGCUGCUGCCGAUUGAAGCCACCGGCAAAAAGACGCCGACCAAGAAGAAGAAGAAGACGGGAACCACCGAGACCAAGCCUCGGUACGUGUAGAUGUAGAGACUUAGCGGUGACGCCGAAGCCGGGACACACUGCCUGGUGUCGUAUCUAACAGGCAACAUUCGAUGCGAC